AUGAGACCUCCCUUCAUUAUAUCGGUGGUGGAACCGAUGCGGGUGACAAGAUUAUCAAUUUGGCCCAAGUCCUCUCUUCAUUUUAUUGGUGGUGGAACCAAUGCGGAUGACAAGACUAUCAUUUGGUACAAGUCCUCUCUUCAUUUUAUUGGUGGUGGAACCAAUGCGGAUGACAAGACUAUCAUUUGGUACAAGUCCUCUCUUCAUUUUAUUGGUGGUGAAGCCGAUGCGGAUGACAAGACUAUCAACUUGGCACGGGUCCUCCUUUUGAACCUAUUCAUGAAUCAAUCCACUCUUGGGUGCAAUUCGCAGGAGCGCAAUUUGGCGGCAAUUGGUCUUACCAAGGAAUAUCAUACAAAGCAAUCACACGAAUGCAAUGAGAGGCACGACUUUGGAAGAGGCAUUAUCAUUGGAGGAGCUCUAUGCUGGAAACAAUCAUCACAAGCAUCGAGCAAUUAUUACAGCUAUCAGGCUACACCUGACAUCGGUCACCAUCACCAUGCCAAGAACGCAAUCCUAUCAUACAACAAAAUCAAAAGCAAAUGGUAUCAGUAUCACCAAAAAGCACAUCAGCAAAAAAAGGCAGCAGCCAUAUCAUACCUACAACAACGGUCCUCGGUCUUCCUGCGACAAAGCAAGUUCAAUCAUGCAGAGAAAGGCUCUCUCAAUGGAGCAGACCACAAUAUCAUUGUCAUGUAA